UUGGCAUUGCAUUUUUUUUUCCUCCAUCAAUUAGAAUUCAUGUCUAAACAGGAAUUUCAGGUUUCUCAUGUAUAUUUUAUGAUGUCAAAGAGCCAGGAUGUUUCAGGAAACCUCAACUGAUAGACAUGCUUGCCUAAAACAUAUUUAAUUUUAAAUUAUGCAGCCAGUCCAGUGAUCUUCCACCUUUCUGCAGUCAUUCUUCUAUAUUUGGAAUCAUCACUAGAACCAUGACAUUUUGAUGAAAAUAAGAACUGUCAUUGAACUUAGGCUUCUGUGUACAGCACAGUUUAACGUAGCGACCCAGAGUUUGGAAGUCACUGGGACAGUUCUGAUAGUUUCUAUUCCGGUGACUUAUUUAGCAUCUAUGAAAGUGUGUGGCAGUCAGAGAAAAGACAGGUUAUCCAGAAACACAAACCACAGACUGUAACAUCAAGAGAAGAACAACAAAAGUAGAAGACAAGCUGAGGCACACUACAAAAACCAUGUCUUCGAGCAACUAAUCAAACAACUCCCGAUCUAGAUCUAGACCUCUGAUUAUACUAAUGAAUUCUAAUUCUAAUGUUUCACUAUGUAAAUAUUCAUUAAUAUGGCGGAAGGAGACAAUCCGCGCCUGCAGCAGUGGUUUAUGCGUUCUCUACAGGAAUCAGAGAUGAUCUGUACUAAUGCGCUUCAUCAACCUGUGAGGAGUUGAUUGAACAAGAGCCUAUUUUGCUUUUGUGUGGCGAAAUCAAUUUUAGGGGAUGAUAAUGUCACCUAGUUCUCGUUCAGACAUGGUAUGUGGUGGGGGUUUAUGUUAGUUUUUUCAAUGCACAACAAAAAGCAGAAAGCAAACUACAAAAGGUCUCAAUCACAUGGGAUUCCCUAUGGGCCGCAGCGUAUACAGAGAAAUAACACCGGCUGGCGCGUACCCCAUGCAAACGUGGUGUGUGAGGAAUCAAAUCCAAGGAUCCCUCGCGUGAUGUUGAUUGUGUAGUGGUUUACUUGGAUAAUAGUUAACGGUAGCUGAGCUGUUUUUGGCUCGAAGCAUGCUGAUGGUAGCAGCACUCAGGGUGAGAAAUGGAAAUUGACCAUUACAAGCUUUCAGAGCUGCAGUCUUCUGGUUGCUCCGCACUGUACAGGAUUUUCUCUCUGGCCCGUUGCCAGUCACAAAGUGUGUUUUUCUAUCGUGGAAUCCCACCACACGGUGGCAUGGUUAUUUAAGGCCUGCAGUGAGAAAAUAUAUCCAGUUAUUUCGCAAUCCAGCAUUCCAAGAAUUCCAUCCUUAAAAGGGAGGAUGAUUCAAAUUCCAACAAACGUUAAGUAAACCUUUAACUAAGGUCAUUGACGUUGCUGACCAGUAAGUGUGAAGAGCAGCACUCAGAAGGUUACAGGUGACAGGGUGAGAAAGACGGUGCUCGGUACACUGCUCUGACUACACAUCUGGGUCAUGCGAGGAAAACCACAUAGACUCUGUCAACCUGAUCUCCGAUAUGCCUACAAUGUGUUCACAAUUCCUCUAAACCAAUCACUUUGUUACUCUUUCUCUCGGAAGCACCCGCAGCCCUCCAGGGGAGCAGUCCGCCGAGAACAACAUGAUCCACGGCAGCGAAAGUCACAAAGGUUUUGCGUGGGAGGCCAAAAGCUUUCUCACAGUGAAAUGAUUUGGCUCACUCCUACCAAGUUUCUGUGGAACCGUUGGUCUCUCAAAGAAAUUCCUUGACAGGUAGUCAAUUGCAAAAUGUGUCAGCAAAUUUCCGAGUUGUAGACAAAUAACGAAUUGUGUUUUUAACACAAUUCAUCCACAGGGGUUUCGGGCAUUACUAUAGUGGGCAAUUAUCAAUUAAUCAAACGAUUGGCUAAGCCAGUAGCCGUGCAUUACUUCAUUAAAGUAGCUCACAAAAUUAGUAUUACUGUAUGAACAGAAACACAGACCCACAUUUAGAGAAUUUAGGGCCAUCUUCGUUUGGUAAUAAGCUACACAUGGCCCUUUUAAAAGCAUGUGUCUGUAGAAAAAAAGGAAGUUCAGAUGACUGAAUCUAUUGUCCUCCUGUUUUGCAUAUCGACUUUCAUUUAUGACUUUUCAUUUUAUCAUCAUCAGUGAAGAUUUUGCAUAAAAAAUAUUGUCCCAUUCUGAACGUGAGCAGUUCACUGCAUUAUUUUCCACAUCCUCAUCAGACUUCAUAAGUAAUAUAAUUCUGUAAUUCGAGCACAUGCUCACAUUAUCAUUGAGUCGUUAUCACUAGGAAUAUCCAUGCCAGGACUGUCGGUAUCGUGAUUCUAACACAAUAUAAAAAUACAACGAAUCCUUGAAUGUGCGCAGACAGAGCUAUCACUUGGAAUUAUCUCUCCCUUGGCCCUCUUUCUCACAGGACCAUUAUUUUUCCCUCCACUGUAAAUGCCAGCCAAUGCAAAACGGCGAGAUUAAGCCCCUCCCUGACCUUUAUUACUACAGAUAGCUGCCUCCCUCUACGGUGUCAGCCGGCUCAGAGCUGACACGAAACAAGGUUAGUUCACAGCAGUGAGUUAGAUUACAGAUCCACGCGAUAAACAGGUACAAAUGACAAAGAAACAUGACCAUGAACUGACAUUAUUAUCGGCUACCCCCAAAACGGAAAUCGAACUCUCUAAAUAAAUAAUUGUAGCUCCAGGAAAAAACUGGUUCACAACAAUUUUGAUUUCUAUUUAAAAGAUAAAUGUUUCUUUAAAACACCCUUGACCACAGUACUGGACGUGUCACUACCCUUUUGCCCAAAGAGAUGCCAUGGCUGCCAGCUGUUUCAACCCAGUGGAAAUGACAGUAUGAGCGUAUGUUCCAGUUGGGGAUCGCCUGAAACCUAAAUAUCCCUCCGAUGAUUAAGGUCACUCACUCACUCUCUGCACAAGCCAUCCUGACACGGGGAGAGAAAGGUUUAAUAAACAAACUGAACUAUACAUCACAUAUCACUCUGUCUGCAUUCUGAAUAUUUACCUAAAAUAAAAAUUGUAUAUAGUCAGAACUGUCAUAAAACCUCACAAACAAAUCUGAAAGCUUCACUAUGCACGAGGGUUACGUGUGUUUUGAGUGAGACAAUGUACACUUAGGGAGCCAGGAAACAGCCAGGCAUCCAAUAACCAAGGUGUUCUCUGAUACUACUGGUCAUCUCAGCCAGUUAAACAUCCACCAGAAGUCAGAAACAGGCUGAACAAUUGGUAGCUACUGUGGCAGUAGUGUAUAUAUUACACAGGAAGUGACCCCAUGUUGGCUUUUGAUUAUGUCAAUUCAGAGAUUAAGCUGAUCCAUGUUAAGGUUGAUCCCUGACCCUGGAUGAUGGGAUCAACAAGCAUCUCAUCGGUCAUUUGCCAUCGGUAUAUAAAAGCAUUUACGUUGACUGAGGAUUUUUAUGUACUACGAUUGGAUGUAUAACGAUUGGGACAACUACUGUCCAGCACAACACUUCUCUCUUAAAUGUGCCUUAAUGUUAGAUGACGUGAGAACUUUGAAAACUCUGGGUAUUUUGACAUUGUAUACUUAAAUCGUACCCUUUCUCGUCUGACUCUUGUUGGUGCACUGUGUGACCUCUCAGAAGUCUAUGUUAACCUAGAUAUUAAUUUAUACAAAGUAAAUAAAUCACAAUAAGGUGUAGCGUUGACAGUCUUGCCUACUAUGCCUUAUAAGCAUCCCCCCCAUCCCCCAAAAUACUAGUUACCAGAAAUGUAUGAGUUUAUUAGAUGAUAAAAUGUGCUUCCACCCAAGUUUAAGGUUAAACAUGAAAAACUACAAACUUGGAUCUUUGCUUAUUUUUCUCUCUUCCUCCUUUUCAGGAUUUGCUCCCCAAAUUCUGCCCAAACUGCCCAUUGGUUGUUCCAGACUGUGGGGACAUCUGGAGUGAUCUUUUCUAGAAGCGUUGCCAUCACUGCCAGGAAGAAGGUUCCUCCAAGCCCUCUUCACCAGCAACACAGAAACACGACACACUUCAGCCUCGAGGACAGCUGCGUUUGCCAAGCUUACUCUGGAUGUCUCUCCGCAAGGGUGAUAACUGAUCACUGCUGAUAACUGACCCCCCAACAAAGGCAUUUUGGACUCAGACCAGACCUCCAGAACUCUGCUCAGUGCUCUGAAGUCCAGAUUCUGCUCUGCUACCUGGGGAUGACUACAAAUCCCAUGAUGCCCAACUCCUUCCAGCAGAAACAAGCCCAGCACAUGCUCCUCCUGUACCAGGGAGCGAAUCGGAUGCGAGAGGACAGCCAGGCCCUGGUCUGGAACCAGCACAAACAACCCCUGGAGCUUGACAAAAUGGCUUGCGCGGCAGACAGCUGCAUACAGUUCACGCGCCAUGCCAGUGACGUUCUGCUCAAUCUGAACCGGCUGCGCAGCAGAGACAUCCUGACGGACGUCACCAUCCUGGUCAGCAGGCAGCAGUUCAGGGCACACAAGACUGUCCUCAUGGCUUGCAGUGGGCUGUUUUACACAAUCUUCACCGAUUCCCUGAAAUGCAACCUAAACGCCAUUAGCUUGGACCCCAAGGUGGACCCAGAGGGCUUUGCCAUCCUGUUGGAGUUCAUGUACACGUCCCGGCUGACCCUGAAGGAAAGCCUGAUCAUGGCCAUCAUGAACACCGCCAUCUACCUGCAGAUGGACCACGUUGUGGACACCUGUCACAGAUUCAUGAAGUCAAGCGAUCCGACCACUAAACUACCCAGAGACGAGUUCCUGGUCAGCCCCUUGCUGUUGCCCCAGGACAUGCAUGCGUACCGCCCCCAGGACGUGGUCGACAGCCUGCCUGGCCGUUUGGCCCCCUUCCGGGAUGGGAGAUCCUACGGCUCCAGCAUGUUCAACAGUGUCAACACUCCCAGCAACUACCAUCUCUACGGCCAGUUCCCCAUGCAGGGGUUCCCCUUCCCACUCUGCAAGCUGACCGAUGCCAAAAACGCUUUCGCCGAUCUCUCCAAGAGCAGCAUCCACCACAAGCACUGUUCUCCCCCGGACGCCGGAGGCAGCAUGAGGGUGGAGUACAGCCGACCCUGCCACACCUCCGCCUACUCCUCCUCCUCCUCCAGGGAGCCGGCCAGGGAGGAGGAGGUGAGGAGGGAAAGCCAUGAGGCAGUCGGCCAGCUGGCGGUCGCGGCGUCCAGGAAGCAAGGCUUCCCGGGUCUGGCCCACGAGGCGCUGAAGGAAGUGGGGAAGGAGCACGCGCCCCAGACGGAGGAGGAUAUGAACCACCGGCACUACCCCCUGGGGGUCUCCUCGGUCGGACGCAAGGGCCUGAUGAGCAGCCCACAGAGCCCGCUCAAGUCUGACUGCCAGCCCAACUCCCCCACGGAGUCCAGCAGCAGCAAGAACGCAGGCCUCUCCCAGGCCACCCGCGCCCAGGCCCCGCCCAGCACGCAGGACCCCAAGGCCCGCAACUGGAAGAAGUACAAGUUCAUCGUGCUCAACCAGAGCGCCAAGGAGGAGGAGGCGGGGGGUCCUGGGCUCCGAGAGCAAGGCCUGCUCUCACCCCAGCGCCUCGGUCUGACUCCCUACCUCCACCCAGGGGACGCAGAGCACCUGGACCCCCAGACUUCCUCCAAGAUCAGCGGGCACGGAGAGGACCUGCCCGCCCCUCAGGCCAGCCGCCUCAACAACAUCAUCAACAGAGCACUUGAGGGAUCGCAGCGCAGCGCCGACAGCCACUCCUCUCUCUACAUGAGCCACUUAAAGUGCUCCUCUUGCGGCUCCCAGUCCCCCCUGCACUCAGAAGUCUGUCCCAACACCUCUGCGUCCCGAUUGGCCGAGGAGAUGGCAGAGCUUCAUUCAGAAUACUCCGACUCCAGCUGUGAAAACGGCACUUUCUUCUGUAACGAAUGCGACUCGAAGUACGCAGAGGAGGAAGCUCUGAAGCGCCACAUGCUCCAGAUGCACAGUGACAAGCCAUACAAGUGUGACCGGUGCCAGGCUGCCUUCCGCUACAAGGGAAACCUGGCCAGCCACAAGACCGUUCACACAGGAGAAAAGCCGUAUCGUUGUAACAUCUGUGGUGCUCAGUUCAACAGACCAGCCAACCUCAAGACCCAUACACGUAUUCACUCAGGAGAAAAGCCAUACAAAUGCGAAACGUGCGGAGCGCGUUUUGUACAGGUCGCUCACCUCCGGGCUCAUGUGUUGAUCCACACGGGGGAGAAGCCGUACCCCUGUGAGAUCUGUGGGACACGCUUCCGUCACCUGCAGACGCUGAAGAGCCACCUGCGCAUCCACACGGGAGAGAAGCCCUACCAUUGUGAGAAAUGCAAUUUGCACUUUCGCCACAAGAGUCAGCUACGAUUGCAUCUUCGACAGAAGCACGGAGCGAUAACCAACACAAAGAUCCAGUACCGAAUGUCCACCUCGGACCUGCCCACAGACCUGACUAAGGCCUGCUGAGUGGCAAAGGAGGGCAGCCAUAUUGACCACGGCAUUCAAAGACCCCCACUGCGUACAAUCAUCCAAAACUGUAGUGCCACACUGUGUUGAUUUGAUGGGAUACAUGGGCAGUAUGCGCUAAGUACACGGGUUUCCUCAACAUGUGAACAUAGAACCACAUCUGGUAUCUUAGUCACUUUAUUGUUUCUAUAUAGAUAUAAAUAUAUAAUUAUGCCGGCAGUGUUUUGAAGCUUUGAAGGUACGUAAUAUAAAGCUUUAUUUUGUUGACUAAAGGAUGGAAUGUAAAGAGGAAAAAUCCAGUUUUUGAGGAUGAAGUAUUUUAUAUAAAAGAACUAACUUUUUCUGAAAGUAUUUGAAAAUUUUGAUUGAAGGGUGGUACUAUAUUUUAAGGUAACGGAAGAUUUGGCUGUAUAUAGAAUUUAAGACAUUUUCUGUCUACAUGUGAUACCAUGUCGAGUUGCCACUUUCGAAGUGAGGAAAAAACUGAGCAAAAAUUUGACAACUUAAUUGGUAAAUUAAGUGGCUGAAAUGAAGAGAAUGACUGCUGCUCUUUGAAGUGGAAGAAAUGCAUGAUUCAUUACUACUGUUGCCAAUAGUUAACGUUCAUGAACCGGGCAACUGCAUAAAUAUCGUGACAAUGUGUAAUAUCUAUUAGGUUGCUCUCUGCUGGCAGAGCCAAUCUAUGAUUAAAUGUUGAAAUAUGCAUUUCUGCUUUGGUAUGACCAAGAAGAUAUUUGACUUCAAACGUAUUUGUAUAGAUGUGGUUUUGUUUUAGUUUCCUUUUUUGGUAAGUGAAGGUUUACAGUUUGUCGUUCUAGAAGCUAAAGUGAAGUUGUAUAAAUGUCCAAAAUUGUGUUUGUACAUACACUGUGUACUUAAUGUGCCUUUCUAUCAGGUGGCUGGAUACCUUUAUGUUCAGGCUUCCUGUUAAGGUACAGCUUCAUGACGUUACGUGUCCAAGGUUUCUUUGGGGGUGUGUGUGUUUGGGUGUAUAUUUUUUAAAAUGCUUGUCUCCAACCUUAAACCGUGCAAAUCAUAAUCGCUCAACCUCAAAUCUUCUGGAUUUAGUUUUGGAUUAGGCUUUUUCUACUGCAUUAAACUGUACAAUCUUAGAUGUAUGAAUGUAAAAUAAAAGGUAAUGGAUUUCUAUGUAUUAAUUUGAGUGUUUCUUGGGUAAAGAAGUUCAGAUCAAGGAAAUGCAACUGUAGUACAACUCCCUAAACAGACUGAAGAGGUUAGGAUUUAUAAACAUUUAACAUGGACUUAACUGGCACGGUACUAUCAGUCAAGCUAAAGCUGUAGCGGUUUCAUAUAAAAAGGGAUAUUUUCAAAGUGGUCAUGUUGGUUUACCUAACCUCUUCUGCUCACCUCUGUAAUGUCUCCCUGUUUUGUUUUUUUACUCUGUGAAAAUAAAGUAAUUCAUG